AUCUCCCUUUAUUAUGCCUUGAAACGCUGACGCGAUUUGUUCCGUAUUUCCAUAAAUGUCGGCGAAUGUUUUUGUUGUUUUUUUCCUCUUUAAGUAAACACAUUCAGAGACAGUUCAUGAAGUUAUAUGAUUCAAAGUUCUCAAUUUAUUUAGUUUAUAUUUUAAAAGUUAAUUUUUGCACCCUGCACACAAACAUAUUUCCUUUGAGAUUUAAUGAACUGUUUUUUGUGUGUUUUUUAAUAGAUGGUUGGAGGGCCACAUUAAACAUUUAUCUAAAUUUACAGGAAACUGGCCAAAAAAAACAAAAACAAAACGUGACUUUGUGUAUGACAUACGAUAUAAUUGAUGGAACUACGCGAUGAACAUAGAGAGAAUAAGUCCGCAUCAAUGUGAAUUAGUGUUACUGUCGGUGUUUAGCCAGUAGAUGGCGCUGCGACAAUUGUUUGUCGGAUGAUAUAUCGAUUCGGAUGGACUGCAGUGUAGUAAAAUGCAUUAAAUCUAUCAUUUAUCCACCUAUCAAUACAAUAGGUUUAUAUAAAUGAGAUAUGUUAAAAAUUUAAAUACAUUUAAAAUUAAUUUAAAAAAAAGUCUUCUUGAAAACGGACCAAAGUCUAUCAAAGGAAGGCAGGAGAAAACCGGAAGUUUGUAGACUGCCCUUUUAGAGAAACUAUAAUUCACAGCGCAGAAGUUUACGCCCUUCAAAGCAAUAGUUUUGCCUGAGGCAGAAAUAGUAAAGAGUUCGGAGCGUUAACACAAGUGAAAAUGAGGUAAUAUAUCAGCAGGACGCUAAAUCUAGUCAUACGGGAUUUCGUCUGUAAAGUUAGAGGCUUUUAGUGUGAAAGGAAGCAACAGGAAGUUCAUUGAAUGGCGCUACUGUGACAGGUAUUCUCUUGAUCAGCUGAGCAGAGCAGCCCAGCAGAGAGCAGAGCAUGCAGUCACAACUCCGUGGACAUCAUCACCGAAACUUUCUCUCUCUGGUUCGGACUUAGGACUUGGACGAAGUCACGAAUCAUCAGUCCCCCGACUUUGACUGUGUCUACGGCCAUCAAUGAGCAGCAGACAGAGACGCACUCAGUGAUUUCCACGGGCCACGAACGAUGGAGAGCAAGGGACUACUCCGCUGUAAGAUCGUGGUGGUGGGGGACACGCAGUGUGGCAAGACGGCUCUCCUCCACGUUUUCGCGAAAGACUCCUAUCCAGAGAAUUACGUCCCCACCGUGUUCGAGAACUACACGGCCAGCUUUGAGAUCAACAAGCAGAGGAUCGAGCUCAACAUGUGGGACACCUCAGGUUCGGCCUAUUACGACAACGUCAGACCACUGGCCUACCCCGACGCAGACGCCGUCCUCAUCUGCUUCGACAUCAGCCGUCCGGAGACGUUGGACAGUGUCCUGAAAAAGUGGCAAGGAGAAACGCAGGAGUUCUGUCCCAACGCCAAGGUGGUGCUGGUGGGCUGCAAGCUGGACUUGAGGACGGACCUCAACGUCAUGAGAGAACUUUCUAGACACAGACUCAUCCCUGUCACACACGAACAGGGCACCAAUUUGGCGAGGCAGAUCGGAGCCGCCGCCUACACAGAGUGCACCUCGAAGUAUUCCGAGAACAGCGUGCGGGACGUUUUCCACGUCACCACGCUGGCGUCCGUGUCCCGCAUCCACUGCCCUCAGGUCAAACGCGCUGCCUCCCGUCGCGUCAUCAAGCGAGUUUCCCAGCAGCCUCCUCGGACUGAGCUCCACGAGCACCCCCCGCCCAUUAGAAAGGACCGGGCCAAGAGCUGCGUGCUCAUGUAGGAGUGAGCUGAAGUGUGUGUGCGCGCUGAUGGACCCAAAGCGUGCUGCACAUGAACUUUAUUUAUUGGUGGAUUCUUGUCAGAGUUUUGCACUUUGCACUGUGGGUUCCUAAAGGAAAUGAUCAUCCAUCUUUAGCAAGAAGGUUGUUUUGUUUUGUUUUUUUCCUAAUGGCUGUUUUCUGCAGGGAGGCUAUUUUGAUGGCAAACGCUAAUUAUCUUUAACACUUUGACAUAAACACGUUAACAAACACAAACAGGCUGUGGAGCAAAAGUAACACGGGGGGCAGAGAAGGGAAAGUGACGGUUUGAAAGGUCGACGCGCAGAACCCGACGGGAACGCGGCGGGGUCGUGACCUCAGCUGUGUUUUCUCUGUUAUUCUGUCCUUACGUGUGUAAGCACAAUAGAUGCACGCAAAACAGCUGCUUCGCUUCAUUUGAAGAGUGUGGACUGAGUGGGAUGAGAUGACGCAGAUUUUCUUAAACCACAAGUGCUUUAAAUGUUGGAGAGAGAGAGACAGAGACAGAGAGAGAGAGAGAGAGAGAGAGAGAGAGAUUCACCACAAACUGAAGCUGUUCUUGUGUAUCUGAAACUGUUCAAACAAUCCACACUGGAAGGAAGGAGUCAUGCUACGUUGUACAUGUGAUAACAAAGUUUCAAAUGCUCUAUGUAAAUGUUUUACUUGACUGUAAUUAUAUAUAUACCCAUGCGAUUAAAUUUCAAAACUUUAUUUGUGAAUUGGUCUAAAUUAUGUUGGUUUUUCUUCCUCACUUCCAUGGGAAAAAAAAACAGAACACAUCAUUUCACUGACUUUUGCUCCUUGAAAUAUCAACUGUUCUUGUUGUUACUUCAAACAGAGACCACGGCUGACUAAAACAAUACCUUUUGGGGGCAUCUUAGAGGACAGUAGAAACAAAU